AUGGCAGCAACAGUUUGUUAUAGGAUUACCAGGCCCCUUGCCGUUUAUCAAAAUAUCACAGAAGUUGAGGACUUUAUACUAUUCUCAUUGAUGAAUUCACUGGAGGAAGAGUUGACUGCGGUGGAUAAAGACUGUGCCUUGGGUCUGCUCGACAAAGAGGCAGAACCGGUGCCAAUCGAACCAAAGCUCCCGCGACAAAACCCUGAAGAGGAAGAUAUUCCGCUUGACGUCUUUCUACAUGUUCCAAAGAACGUUUUAAAAGCUCUGUCGAGUGAAAAGUUGAACAAAGUGCCAACUACCGUGCUCAGAAAUGUGCCCAUCCAUGUGCUGGAGCAGGUCCCAGUGGAUGUUCUAUCUGUGGCACCAGCCUCGAAAUUAUUAGAACUGGGUGACAUACCAUCGUACGUGCUGCAGUCAGCGCCGGCAAAAGUCCUGCAGACCUUGCCACUGGCAAGGUUGAAAGUGCUGAAUGGCGUACCUUGUUCUGUGCUUCAGUCGGCUCCGACGAAAGAGUUAGAGGACAUACCAGUGACAAGAUUAAAAAUGCUGGACGGCGUACCCUCUGCUGUGCUUCAGUCCGCUCUGAUAAACGUAUUGAGGAAGGUACCAGUGACAAGGCUCAUAAUUUUGAGCGGUGUGCAAUCUUCUGUGCUCCAGUCAGCAUCGAGAAUCGUUCUCGAGAAGGUUCCCGUGGCACGGCUCAGGCAAUUUGCUGUUGUGCCGCCGAUUGUCCUGCAACGCGCACCCUUUGAUGUGCUUUACAACCCGCCAAACGAUGUUCCUGUCCAUGUGCUGGAGCACACGCCAGUGGAAGUUCUACUCGCGCUUCGGAUUAGUUGA